CUGCGUGCAACAGCCGUCAGCGGGUCCAAAAAACACGCCAAACCCACUGCGACCGUCGGCGCCAGCUAGCGUCAUGUAAGACACUAGCAAUUGCGCAAGCUGUGGCUAUUGGCCUAUUAUCGGCGCUAAUCGCACUCAUUCGUACGGUUUCGACGCGUUCCGACACACAGACGAUCAAUUCUUGCAGUGGAGCCAACUCGAGGCAGCCGUGGCGCCGACCACGAUGCGGCUCACAUUGGUCCUGCACGCCGCCGCGGCGCUGUCGACGCAGCGGAGGCCCUACGACACGAAGGUCCGCGUCGCCUCGCAGCGCUCCGCGCCCUUACCCCCCACCGCGCCUCAAAACCCGACACUCACCGAGUACAUGCGCCUGCCGACGGCGCAGUACGCGUUGUUGGACCUGCCCUACGGCGCCGAUUUAAGACGAAAAGGUUCAAAUGGAGACCAGGAGCUUUUUGAGUUAGUGGUCCCGCCCGUCAAGUUCUUCUUCCUGACGGUCUCGCCGCACGUGCAAUGCGUCGUCGACUCGAACGAGCAUAGUGUGGUGGUGCGAGGCACGUCGUGCACUUUGAAGGGUACUGAUGCAUUGGUACGACGAAUUAACGACUGCUUCGAUUUUCGCGUGACGGCCGAAAUGACGUGGGUCGAUGGUAGUACGAGGCGCAUCGACUGUUCCGUCGAUUUGGCUGUCGAUGUGGCGCCGCCGGGGCCCUUUCGGUUGAUCCCGCGGCGGAGUUUGGAGGUUACAGGGAACAGUGUCAUGCGCGUCGCGACGAAUCAGAUCAUCCGGGGCUUCCUGCAGACGCUGCUCAACGACUACUCCAAGUGGGCGUCGGACGAGUCGUAUCGGGAGCGGCGGCGGGCGAACGCCGAGGCGGUGGCGGCGCGGUAGGUAAUUAUUUAUUAGUGU